AUGAUGUCUUCCGGGAAGCAGCCAAGAAUCCUUCUUUUCGGUGCCGGUAGCGUCGGAACUGUAUACUUGUACCUGCUCAGCAAGGUAGCCGCGACCACUGCCGUCUGCCGCUCGAAUUAUGAGGUCGUAAAAAAAGAUGGCUUCAUCAUCAAUUCAUCCAUAUUUGGUCAAAACCUCCAUUUCCGACCCAACGUAGUCCGAGACUGUGGAGAAGCAGCGUCUCAAUCAUCAGAUCCAUUUGACUACAUCAUCGUCUGCAGCAAGGCUAUCCCGGAUACGGUACCGAAGCUCAUCGCUUCUGCCGUCACACCUGGACAUACGGCUAUCGUACUUAUUCAGAAUGGGGUCGGUAUCGAAGAAGAAUACUUGAAGGCAUACCCAAACAACCCGAUCAUCAGCGCUGUCGUCUAUAUGCCCGCCACCCAACGGCCAGCCGGCGUCAUCAAACACGGUGAAGUUGAGAAACUUCAAGUCGGAGCCUAUCCCUCUUCUGCACCAAGUAAAUGUGCUAAAGCUUUCACGGAACUUGUCACAGCAGCCGGUGCUACAGCGGAAUUCUACGAGGACGUUCAGCACAAGCGAUGGAUUAAACUACUCGUCAAUGCAUCCUGGAACCCCAUGUGUGCUCUCGCUCUGAGCAAAGACACAGAUAUUCUAACUGCCUCGGAAGAGGCGGACGGUGUUGUACUAGCUGUGAUGCUUGAGAUUCGCGACAUCGCAGCUGCGCAUGGCUACGAAAUCACGCGCGAGCAGGUGGACAACCAGCUUAGCCGGGCGCAAGCCAGGAUCCCUACGAACGCUGGUAUUGAACCUAGUAUGCUUCAGGACGUUCAGUCGAAUCGGAGAAUAGAAGUAGAGGCUAUUGUGGGCAACCCCGUUCGCAUGGGUAAGGAGAAGGGUGUGGCGUGCGUACGAUUGGAGAUGCUAUACAUCCUCGCAAAAGCUUUAGAUCUUCAGAUUGGACGGAGGCCUUGA